AUGUUGUCAUUGAUUGAGUUAAAGGCACAGCAAAAGAUGCAUUGUGCCCUUCGAAGAGCUAAUAGCGAUUUUCAGAAGGGUGCAGACAGAGGAAGAGAUUCCUUAUCAAGUAAAGAACAAAGUAGUUUCAGGACAUCUUUAGAGGAAUGCGAAGUGCCUUCUGUCACAUGGAGGAACUCCGAUAGUAGGUGUGCUAUCUUUAAAUUCCUUUCCCUUGAACCUGACGGACGUUGGAGAAUUGUGGCACUACCAUUGCAGUGUACUGAUAAUAUAAAUAAUCUGGUAUCGGGUGCUCUGGUGAAUAUGGAAAGUCUUCAUCUUGCUUACUCGCCACCAAUUAGUCCUUUCAAGUUUAAUCGACAGAAGGUGCAGAAGGGUCCUCCUCUUGAUGUUGUUUAUUCUGUCAAGUCAUUUACAAAUAGAAGAUUUACUGAUUCAACUAAGAGACACCAAUCUCGAAAUAAGACCUUGGUAAAUAAAGCUACCAAAUGGAAUGUUUCCAGGAAAUUUCAGAAGUCAUUAACUUCCGGUGAUUCCUUGGCUAUCAUUGCAAAUGAUUCUAAUGCAAUCAUAUCGUCAGAUGUGGUUAGUAAUAGAAAAAUAGACAGCAUUGUGAAGAGAAGUUCAAGAAAGAAGAGCAGAAAGAAGGGAAAACAGAGCAAGAAAGUUUUAUGCAAUGUUCGCUCUACUGAUCCUGAAGUGAUUUCUGAGGAAUAUGGAAAUGUAAGUUCAGCUUCUGAAACCUGCGGUAACAAUGAAGGGGAUGGACCAGCAUUGUCUUCAACUGCACCAGUAUUUUUAUUGCUAGAUGCUAAGAGGACAUGUACCUCUUCCCCUGAUGAGUUAGGCACUGUGAGUAAUCUUGAAAAUCAAAUUAUACUAAAAGAUUCUGCAUUUCCCAUCUUAGAUGGGGUGGAGGGUAUUCACCACACAAAGGCGAGCGAUUGCAGUGAUCUCUAUACCAAAGGUUACUCUGAGAUGCAUGACUCCUUCAUAUUGGAUUCGAUCUCAAUUGGCUCAAACAGUGAUGGUAGUAUUAAUCUUGGUCAUGAUGAAAAACAUGCUGACAAGGAAAUUUACAACACAGAUAUAUCUGAACCACCAAAUUCGAAUUCUAGAAAGGUAUAUUUCACUCGUCAAAGCUCACUGAAUGAUUUUGUAAACACCUAUAAUCACACUGAGGGAGCCAGGCAGUGUACUCAUGGUUGUAGCAGUAGUACUGAUAUGAAAUAUGUUGUGCCUAACAAGAGAAGUAGGCAAAACAAAGUAGGACAACGAAGUGCAAAUGUUCCCAAAUCUGGUAGUGUUGGAAAUAUGCGUACAGGGAAGGAAAAUAUUCAUUCCGUCUGGCAAAAGGUCCAGAAGAAUGACGCCAAUGAUUGCACUGGUGAAUUGAAGACAGCAAGUUCUGUUUACUCAAGGCUUGAUCUCCCUUUGAAAGAGGCUCCCAUGAUUAAUAGAACCUGUAAUUCUGUUGAUAUAGAUGUCUUUUUAAAGAGUGAGAAUAGGAAACAGCAAAAAGAUAAGGUCUCAAAAAAGUUGAAAAGAAGAAACGCUCCAGCUUUGAAACGAGAGUACAGAUGUUAUUCCAGGAAAGGAUCUCAUGCUAGCUUGGCUGGCUCAGAUGGUUCUUUGAAGCUUCGGAUGGAUCAGAGUGACAUAUCAGAUAUCUUGACUCAGGCGAAGGACAAGAAAGGGUUAAGUCUUGUUUCGACAUCUUGUUCUCAGCCUAGUUGUCCAACAGCUGGAUUUCAGACCAGCAAAGUAGAAUGCAAGUCUGAAUCAGUUCAAAGCAUGCAACUCUGUCCAAAUGAGAUUGGUCAUCUCGAAAAUGUCUGUAAGACUGUCUCAGUCAUGAAUGAUCAAAAUGUAGGAAAUGAUGAUGGUUCAAUGCAAAAGAUGUCAAAUCUACUUCAGAUGCAAUCUCUAGUAUACCUUCCCCAUCUACUUCAUGAUGCAGCAAGUCAAGAAGUACAGAGACAAAUCUCUCUUGCAGAGAGCAGCAAGCAAAACCGUAGUAGUUCUGGAUCUCUUACGCAGAAGUGGAUGCCAAUUGGGUUGAAGGAUUCUGAGUUGGCAAGCUCUACUAGAUCUGAAAGUUCAUCCCUUGAACAUUCUGAUGAGGGAGCUUCUAAGAGAUGGACUAUUAAAGACACUAUUAAAGGCAAUGUGGUUUCUAAAGAAGCCGUUGAGUCCACGACUCAGGGUUCUAUAGACGUAACUUGUUCUUCUGAUGACACCGAGGGCAGGCUUCUUAUAUCAAAUGCAGUCAAAGAGCUGACCAACAACAAGCUUGAUGCAGCUAACUACGUGAAUAGUUCUGAUGUAUCCAAAGGGCUAAAUGCUUUUGAAGCUUAUUCAAACAGAUUAUUAGAAGCAGUGAGUGAUGCUUGUAGGGCACAGCUCGCAUCUGAAACUGUUCAAAUGAUCACUGGUCAACCAAUUGCCGAAUUUGAAAGACUUCUUUAUUAUUCAUCUCCCGUUAUACAUCAAUCACCUAGCUGCAUAAGUUGCCACACUUGCUGCUCACGGAACCUGUCUGACCAGGUUGGUGGAGCGUCAUUGUGCAGACAUGAAUCACCAAAUGUCACUUUAAAAUGCCUUUGGGAGUGGUAUGAGAAAUAUGGGAGCUAUGGGAUGGAAAUAAGGGGAGAGGAACUUGGGAAUUCAAAGAGAUUGGGUACUGAUUGUUUCGCAUUUCGUGCUUAUUUUGUCCCUUAUUUGUCAGGAAUUCAGCUUUUCAAGAAUGGUAGGGGUACUGGUGCUGGAGAUAUUAACAAUGGACUUCACAGUGAUGAAGUGUUAGACCCAUGCCCGAAUGGUGAGAUAUCCAGAAAAUCCUCUAGCAUUGGUGGUCUUCCGAUAUAUUCACUACUUUUUUCUCAGCCUGAUUGUAAGGAAGAUGCAAUCACCCCACCACUUGUAAACGAAUUGGCUAUUCCUGAAGCUUUUGCCAAAGAUGUACUUGUUCAAUCAGCUGACACAAAAUAUUUCAGUGAUAUAGAGCUGCUUUUAGAAUAUUUUGAAUAUGAACAACCUCGACAGAGACGUCCUCUAUAUGACAAGAUAAAAGAGCUGGUUAGAGGUGAUGGAAACUCACAUUCAAAAGUGUAUGGCGAUCCAACUAAACUAGACUCUAUAAAUCUAAAUGAUCUACAUCCCAGAUCUUGGUACUCUGUGGCAUGGUAUCCUAUUUACAGGAUACCUGAUGGUAACUUCCGAGCAGCAUUUUUGACUUACCAUUCACUUGGUUGUUUGGUUCGUAGAAGUGCCAACUUUGAGUCUCCUAGUAUGGAUGACAGUAUUGUAUCUCCAGUUGUGGGCCUUCAGAGUUACAACGCUCAGCUUAUUCGAAUUAUACUUUAUGUCAACAAACAGAGUGAAUGCUGGUUUCAGCUAAGGCCCUCAGCACCAGCACAGACAAUAGUAACAAACUUAAACCCUUGUGGAGUACUGGAAGAGCGUUUGAGGACACUUGAGGAGACAGCAUCUGUUAUGGCAAGAGCUGUUGUGAGCAAAGGAGGUGUGACAUCUGUAAACAUGCAUCCAGACUAUGAAUUUUUUCUCUCUAGGCGGCGCUAUUGA